GAUCGACCUCAUAUGGAUCCGAACACGAGAUUGCUUACGCCAGAGUUCGAAAAUGGUCUAAAGGAAUUCAUGGGGAAAGCUCUCAACCAACCGGAAGCUAAAUCAGGUAUGUUAAGAUGUCCUUGUUCUACUUGUAAAAAUAGGAAGGUUAUAAAACAGUUAGAUGUUUGGACUCAUCUAUAUACUCGAGGGUUUACACGGAGUUACAAAAUUUGGUAUCAUCAUGGGGAAACUGAUUAUGAAUAUGGUAGUACUAGCGAACCUCAACCUGCGGUUAGGUUAGAAGAACCAAUUAGAAUGGACGUAGAUUAUGGUGUAGGUACUGAGCAGAUGGUAAAUGAUCAUUUUAGAGGGGAAGAUUUACCCAAUACACAAGCUAGGAGAUUUUAUGAUAUGUUGGAUGCUGGAAAGCAACCUUUGUACGAAGGUUGCAGAGAUGGUCAUUCAGCUUUAUCAUCUGCAACAAGACUGAUGAGCAUUAAAUCCGAUUAUAAUUUGGCUGAAGACUGUGUGGAUGCGAUUGCUGAUUUUGUAAAAGGUGUUCUACCUGAGGAUAAUGUUGCUCCUGGUUCAUACUACGAGGUUCAGAAACUGGUAGCUGGUCUUGGUUUAUCGUACCAGGUAAUAGAUGUAUGCAGGGAUAACUGCAUGAUUUAUUGGAGGGCGGAUGAGCAGCUGGAUGCAUGCAAAUUUUGUGGAAAGGCUCGUUAUAAAGAUACGGGUGGAAGAGUUCCAGUGCCAUAUAAAAGGAUGUGGUAUUUGCCAUUGACGGAAAGGUUGCAGAGGUUGUAUCUGUCCGAACGCACAGCGCAACCAAUGAGAUGGCAUGCGGAGCAUUCAACGGAUGGUGAGAUUAGACAUCCUUCAGAUGCAAAAGCUUGGAAGCAUUUUCAAUCGACCUAUCCAGAAUUUGCGUAUGAAAGAAGAAAUGUCUACCUUGGAUUAUGUACGGAUGGUUUCAGCCCAUUUGGGAAGCAUGGGAGACAAUAUUCUCUAUGGCCAGUCAUUCUCACACCAUACAACUUACCGCCAAACUUGUGCUUGCGUCGAGAGUUUUUGUUUCUCUCCAUUCUUGUUCCCGGACCAGAGCAUCCUAGGAGAUCACUUGAUGUAUUUCUACAGCCACUAAUAUAUGAGUUGCAACAGCUAUGGGGUCAAGGUGCUGAAACGAGAUUCCUACCACCAGAUCAUCCAUAUCGCAGGAGUAGGAAUUUAUUUACGAAGAACAAGAGGGUGUUUGAUGAUCCAACACCGGAAAUCAGUGGGAGAGAAAUGUUGACACAACUAAGAGAUUUUGGUGCAGAAAGGACCCCAGACGUGGGUGGACAUGUGCAUUAUCCGGAUCAUCUGCUGAGGCAUAAUUUAGAUGUCAUGCAUAUUGAGAAGAACUUUUUCGACAACCUGAUGAACACGAUCCUUAACGUUCAAGCGGCCAAAGAUGCGUUCUUUGAUUGGAUUUCAAAGGAUGUGGAAUUUCCAGACGGUUAUGCAUCUAAUUUGGGUAACUGUGUCGACAGAAGGGAAGGAAAGUUUACCGGCUUAAAGAGUCACGAUUGCCAUGUAAUGAUGCAGCGCCUCCUUCCGUUCGCCUUCAAGGAACUAUUACCAAAGAAUGUUUAUGAAGCAGUUGCCGGGAUAAGUGCUUUCUUCCGAGAUUUAUGCACGAGAUCAGUUACUCCUGAAUGUAUUGAAAACUUGAAGACUAACAUAGCCGUGAUUAAGUGCAACCUUGACCAUCUCCCUUAUCUCACUCUGUAUCCUAGGGAACCCGGUCAGACUUGGUUCGACCGAUCCCAUAACGGGAUCAGCGCUUGGAUCAACAGGAUGAUGUAUUCCGACCUCAAGAAGGGAUACGCAACCUUCACAGUGAUGCCGAGGGAUGAGCAGGAGCUCUGGUUUCGUCAGUUUGCUCAAGAGUUCAACUGGCAUCCGGAUAACACGACGUUCAUCCGCAACGCCUUCAUCCACAAAUGUAUGGAUUCAUAUUCCGGGCAAAUAUAUGAAUGGAAGCAGAAGUGGCUAGCGGAUAAGGUCCCAAAGUGGAUCAACAUGACCACUUGGGAGGAGUUGUGUGUCCAUUGGGACAAGGACUCGACGAAGCAGGUCUCUAACACCAACUCCGCCAACCGCAAGAGCGAUCGUGGCGGGAAGGGCAUGUACAAGCACAAUUUGGGUGCUCAGUCUAUUCCCACUCUCGCAGACAAGAUGGCGCAAGAAAAUGAAGGUGAGCCCGUGGGUGAUUUCCCUUUGUACAAGAGGAUCCACACCAACAAGACCACGGGCCAGAUUGAUGACGGUCUUGCGCAGGAGGUUGUCUCCCUGGUGGACAGUAUGACACAAGACGAGGAGGCCCGUCUCUCCCAGAUCCAGGCCGAUCUCGAUCUUGACGCCACAUCUACUGAGUCCACUGCCCUCUCUCAAGUCCGAAUCAACGAGCUUCUUGAAUCGGCGAUUCCAAAGAAGAAGGGACGUUUGGUCGGUUUGGGUCGUCGAUCCAAAUCGGUUCCUCCUACGUCUCAGGUGCCAGUUGAUCCUACUCUGAUGGAUCAACUGAAGGAUAAGGAUGAACGCAUCCGUCAGUUGGAGGAGAAGAUGGCGGCUCAAGAGAGAGCUAGAGAGGCAGACAGGAGGCGGAGUGAGAAGAUGAUGGCGGCCUUCAUGAGGCAAUUCCCGGACCAGAACUUCGACGUCGACGAGGACGAGUAGUUCUAACUUUAAUUUAUGUUUUAAACUUUAUUUUUAUUUUCUGUUUUGUAUGAAUAUUACUUUUGAACUAUUUAUAUUAUGUUUUUUAUUUUAAUUUUCAAUUUAAUAAUUAAUUUUCGAAUUUAAUAA